CAGGAGAGGCAAGACGAGCAGGGCGAGGAGAGGAGGCGGCGGCGGCGCAGCAGGAGUCGCCCGAGGCGCAGGCGCAGGCGACGACGAGGAGCUCUUCCGCGACGUCGCCGUCCUCCCUCGUCGAAUUCUUCGGAGGCGCUGGCGAGGACGGGAAGGAGGCGACGCGGCCGGCGCCGCAGCUGCCGGCCGCGUGGGCGGACGGCUCCCCGCGGGCAGCAGACGCCGCUGGCCCCGCCGACGCCGCAGGCCCGAUCGAGCCGGAGGGGCCCGGCACCCCCGAGAGUGCGCCGUCGGCCGAGGUGACCCUGCUGCUGGAGGACCCGGAGGACGAGGAACGGCGUGCCCGCUCGCCGCGCCGGGCGCGGAGCGGUGCCCCCGAGCUCGAGGGCCGCCGCCGCGGGGAAGGCAAGCCGCCCCCGCCAGCGGCGUUGUUGCCGCCCUGGCGGCGGCCCGCCGCGGCCGUGCUGCUGGGCUCCGUCGUCGCCGUGGGCGCCGUGGUCGCGUUCGCGUCGGUGGGCCCCGGCCCCGCGGCCGCGGUGCGGCCCGCAGGGGCUCCCGCCCGGGCGCUCGCUCGCGACGGGGCCGUGGUCGUGGCCAGGAGCCUCGGCCCCUUCGGUCUGCUGCCCACCACCACCUCGACGGCCUCGGCUUCCGCCACAGUGACCGCCACCACCUCCUCGCGGACCUCCUCGGAGACCUCCUCCGAGACCUCCUCGGCGACCUCGUCCAGCUCCGCGGUCACCACUUCGCAGACCUAUUCGCAGACCUCCUCCGCCACCUCCAGAUCAACGACCAUGGCAACUACCAGAACAUCGACGUGGACGACGACGACCACGUCAAGCCAGACGACGCCCACGACGUCGACCCGGACGAUCACCCGCACGACCACUCCGACCACCAGAACCACCACAAAAACGAUCACCCGGACCACUUCCUCAACGACCUCCCGAACGACCCGAACGACUCGAACGACCACCCGAACGAGCACGACGCCACGACGCCCGCUCGCCGGCAACGGCACCGCCUCUGGCAACCGCACCGUCGCACACCACAACCUGCCUGGCCAUCACGGGUCCGCUGCCGGGGGGAAGACGGCGACGCCCGCAGCCGCCAGGGACCUCAUGGGCGGCCCCUCUGCCCCGCAGCUCCCGGCGGCCGGGCACCUCGCCGUGCCAGUGUCCCAGCCCGUGGCGCGCCUGGUGGCGGGCAGCGCCGCUGGCGACACUGUGCUGCAGGUGGACGAUUCCGCCGGCUUCUCGGUCGGGGACGAGAUCGAGAUCUCGGGCCUCGGCGCUUCCGAGCGCAGGAUCGUCCUGGGCUUCGGCACGAUCUUCGUCGACAGGCCCCUGGAGAACAACUACCCCACGAGCUCCACCGUGACGCGGACCCGUGGCGCCGAGGAGCUGCGCCAGCUCGUGCAGCAGGAGGAGCCAUUUCCAUGGACGCGAAGACGCGGGACGCGAUCAUCGGCGGCGUCGUCGGCGGCUCAGUGGGCGUGGCCGGCCUCGUCGCGGGCCUGGCUGCUGGGCUCACCGCGCACGGCAAGACCAGCGCCAUCGCCACUCUGACCACCACGCUGACAUCGCCGCCGGCCUGGGCGACGCUGACGUCCACCACGCAGGGCGCGGUGGUCCUUCUCGGGGACGCUGCCGCGAGGCCGCGCCAGGCCCUGGACGUGCGCGCGGUUUCGGCCAGCGGCCCCUCCGCGGCCCCCGCGGCCGCCCUGGAGCCAGGCCAGCUGCCCUGGACGUGGCUGGGCAUCGGCGCGGCGCUCGUCGUCGUCCUCUCGUGCGUGCUGCUCUGCUGCCUCCGCCGGAAGGGGCUGGCAGGCUCCGCGCAGGGGCGCUGCCGCAAGCAGGCGAGGUCGAGGGCGGUGGCGCCGCUGUCCCCGGAGGGCGCCUCCCACAGGUCCAGCCCCGGGCCUCCCGCGCCGCCGCCGCCGGGCCUGGGCCAGGAGGGCCUGGACGACGGCCGCGCGGGCGAGGCCCGCCAACAGAGUACCGGCAGGGAGGACAGCCGCGGCGGCGCUCGCAAGGCCUGGGACAGGCUUUUCGAGAUACUGGACCACGACGGCGAUGGGCGCAUUACGCAGGAGGACUUCGCUCGCGCGCCGAUCGCGGCCGUCGCUGUGGCGUCCGCGCUGGAGGGAAGGCAGCCGCUCGCGGCACGGCCCGCAGCGGCAGCCCCUUGGCAGCAGCAGUCCUUCGGCAGUUCCCAGCCGCAUCAGCAGUCCUUCGGCAGCGUCGCGCCCGCGCCUCACUGGCAGGGGUGGCCAGCGCCUGGGCCCGGGCGGCCGCCUGCGCAGCUGGCCGUGCCAGCACACGCAGGUGCUCCGAGGCCCCCGCCGCGCGGCGCUGGGAUGCCGGCGGGCCCUUUCGGGGCGCCCAGCGGCGUGGGCCCCGCGCCACGACACGCCGGCGCCCCCACUUCGCCGCGCCGGGCCGGCUUCCGCAACUGAGAAGCGCCGCUGCCGCCCCCCAGGCGCUGGCGCUCUGGAAUUCGCAGCUAUCGGUGUCGGCCAGACCCCACUCGUAGCUGAUCUCUUGUGCGUUGUGCUUCAAGGAAUGGGCAACGCGGCUCAAGGCUAUUGUCGAUACCAGUAGGCUCUGCUGGUCGCUGAGGCAGCCAGCUUCUUUCACGCUCUAGUUAGGGAAUGCAGUGGAUCACGCUGAUCAGGGCUACUCAGAUGGCAUGGCAGGCCUCGCUGGAUGUCAGUGCGGCUGGCUUUCCGUUGUACGCUCUAAUUCGGUGAGCGGGGCAGACACGCUGAUCAAUGCCUGGUGGUGUGAGGGAAGUGAGGGG